AUCAUCGAAAACAUCAGGGUACAAGCUAAAGUUGACUGAAUUUUACUUAUAUAUUGUAUAUUGUAAGUAAAAGGAGAAACGCUCACGCUCAUAUGAGCGCUCAUGAGUGUGAGCGUGAGUUGUACACCCCUAUUAUGUACACUGAUUAGGAAAGAACGAGUGCUUAUAUCGGCACAUACACAUACACAUAAAAGAGAGACAAGCAAGGAGAGAGAAUACCAAUGGCAACGACAGGGAGAGAAGAGGAGAGAUACAUUAAACACUAGAGAAGUGUAAUCGAGGGACAGUAGUAUCGACCACUGUUAACAGUAAUGAAUAUCGCCUUUUGUAUCAUUUUCAAUAGUAAAAAUUGUAGAUGAUAAUUCAGAGAUAAAAAUUUUAUUAUUAUUGUCGCUGAAUAAAAGUAAAGUAAAAGCAUCAGUAUGAGAUGCCAUUAACAAGAAACAAGUAACAAAUUACCAGUGGAAUCAUGUAAAGCCCAAGUGAAAGCAUAUGGUAACUUACGUAGAAGGCUAUUUACAUUGAUAAUAUGGCAUCAUUUACGGUACAGUAUUACUGUGAUCGAAAUUACGAAAUUUUCUGGACUAUUUACGGUUCCAUACGGCGUAUAAACGGUUGCAUCCGGCAGCGUUACACCAAAAAUACGGGUAUCUGUAUCCAUCAUCGUGGAGAUAUAACCUUGUUGAUCAUGAAGAUGUACGUAUAUCACUACUGGAAUAGUUACAUUUUUGAACAACUUUAUUAAAAAAGAGGUUAUUCAUAUAAUUGUUGCACAUGUAUUUGUGGUUGAUGGUUUCGCUUGUUUAGAUGUAAUUAAAAUAUUUGAUUCAUUUUAAACAUCACCGAGCAAAUGAUAAAUCCAUAAGAGUAUUGUCUUCCAUACCCAUUAGAAAAUAGUUCAUAUUGAUCGGAUUUUCAAAUUCAUUUCGAAUAACUACAUCAAUCGAGUUUGAAGAAGCAUCGCAGCAAAACAUAUAUUUCAUUUUUUCUCCUGCUAUAGAGAAAAUAUAUGAUUUUCAUAGAACUACUUAUCUUUAAGUUAAUCAAUAACUUAAUUGAUGCAAAGAAUUUAAUGAUGAAAUAUCAAUAUUGUUUGUUCAUAUCCCAGAUGAAAGACACACGGUCGUAAACGGUAAGCAACGAUAGUAUAUGGUAAGGUUUUCGUCCAUAUACGGUCGCUUUUGGCCGCCGUAAUGCUACAGCAAGGAUGUUUUUAUCAUGCCAUUGGCGAACAUACAUCUUAAAUGAAAAUUCCAUAUCUAUCAAAAUACUUGUCGCUAUGGAUCACACUCAUGUAUGUAUGCAUGACAAUAGUCUUACUGAGCUAUGAUCAGAUUAACGCCUUAGCCCCCUCAGAAAAAUUGGUUUUCAAAUUUUGACUUCCCCCUUUCCAUAGAGACGGUUUUAAUGAUAAUGAGACUAGUUUAUUGUAAAAUUAUAGAGGAUUUCCUGAAAUAAUACAAUCGAAUCUAUCGAUAAAGAUCGAUAUCUCACAAAAAAGAAAACAAACCUAUAAACUGCGAUUUAUUGAACCACAGUUACCACCAUUCUGCAGGAUAACGAAAGUCAGCUCAUAAAUACAGCUCUCUCAAAUAGUUGAAAGUUACGUGAAACAGCGUUACAGGCCCAACUCCCACAUCUUUUAAAAGACGCCACCCGGCGCGUUUUGUUCGGACCAUGAUAAAUCUUGACUUUUUAAUGUGUCUCAUUCAUCAUAUCUGAGUCAAGAUUUUUAAACUUACCUAAACUAACACAGAAGUUCAGGAUGGUUGUCCUUCAAGGGACGCUGUAGUGGAUAUAUAAACUUUCAUCAAUACAAAAAAAGAAGAGUAGUGUCAGAUUGAUAAUAUUAUAAUUACGAAAGGACAUCUUUGAAAUAAUGGGACACAACACUCUAUUUGUCUUCGAAAAUUUCUUCAUGCUUUCAUAUGCGGAGAACGCAAAAAAUAUACCCACGACUUAAUACAGUUUCACUUCAAAUUUUAUUUUCGUGGGUAGCAAAAAUAUCUGUUAUUAAUUUUAAAUUUUCAUCAAGUAAUCGCAUAUUCUAGUCGUCUAGUAUUUGGUAAUACUGCACGGGCUUCGAAAAGUAAUUACCCGGUUAUAAUUCGUUCUUUUUUAUGCUUCCGUGACAUUUUUCAGAGUUCAUGAAAACGAAUUUAUUCCAUUAAUAAUAUGAUAAAUGAAUAGCUAGUCGUGAGGUACGAUAAAUUAAAGUAAUCUAUUGGAAUUAGUCAUUUUUGCUCGGAUGUAUGUAAUAAUUUACUUUCCUUUUUUUCUUCAUUUUAGAUCAUCGACCCGAAGCCAUCAAAGGAAGUUGAAGAUUUACAAGAUUGGAUGAAUCUGUCAAAUACUGAAUGGGUUGAGGUUUUCAAAGAUCUUAAUGGCAAAGUCGUAGUCAAUAACAAGAAACUUCAAGAAUCGCAUUCAGCUGACAUUAAAUACAUUGUAUCGCUAUUAGUCAAUGAAAUGAUCGAAAAAGUUAAUGGCGAAAACGUUGAUGGCGAAAAAAAUAAUGCAAAGCAAAAAUAUAAAUCGGAUAGUUUCGAUCAACAUGGAUCAAAGAAAACUCGAUUUGAAUGA